AAAUGAGUUUCGUCCUCGUCGGCAAGGCCGUGCUCUGCGCUUCCGCCACUCGCUCUUUCUUCCACCGCUGCUCUCCAGCGAGGGACUGCCGACGGCGGACGUCACUUGCCAGCGGCGGACAACCGCCGCCACUCGCCUUUCCAACGGUUCCAGACUUCGAGCUCUUCCGUAUCAAAGUCGGAUCGCCCUCGUCCUCCUUAUUUAGGGCUUGAACUAGAGCUCUCUCGCCACCCUAAGUUCCUUUCGACUGAAACUUCAGUCGAAUGGAAAGUUCAGAAGCUGAAGAGCCAGAGAGGAAGAAUCCUCAGUCGAACACUUCUCCUGCUGAUAACCGCACCGUUGACGCUUCUGUUCUCCAUUAUGAGAACCAAAAACUUGUGCAGCAAUUGGACAUACAAAAGCAUGAGUUGCAUGAUCUUGAAGCUAAAAUUAAAGGGCUAAGGGAGAAGCAAACUUCUUAUGAUGACACAUUAAUUAAAGUGAACCAACAAUGGAAUCAGUUGGUUGAUGAUUUAGUCCUUUUGGGAGUGAGAGCAGGAGGAGCUCAAGAUGCUUUGAAGAUGUUGAGUGAUGUGGAGGAUUGCCGUGGUUCCAUACCGUCAUCUCCGCCUGAGGACAUUUUUUUGUGUAGACUGCUACAGACAGAUUCUAUUGCAAGCACUUCUGGUGAUGGAAUUAUUGAAUUUGUUGAAGAAGCUCUUGCUUUGCGUAAGUUGUUGACGUCUGAAUUGAUGAAACUCCUGGAAGACACUAUUGGAGCUGAGAGAUCGAAAACUAUGACCAUGUUGCAAAAUUUGCAGGCAAGGGUUUCUGCAGAAGUACUGUUGUCAGAGAUCGAUAAAAUGAUGAAAGAGGAGGCUAAAAGUCUGCAUGAAGCCAUAGAUGUUCUCCACCUCAAGCAUAAAGAAUACGCUGAAGACAUUCAAAUCUAUGUUAGAAGUCAUUCGGAAGAUGCGUCUGAGAUUAAACGCGUUGAAGGUGAGCUGGAAGAAAGCAUGGCAGAACUAGAAGAAAGUAGAAGGAAGCUUAUCAAUCUAAGAAUGCAAAUGGAUGUUGCCUCUGGAGCUCAUAGCCCUGCUGCAGGUUCUGUCCAUGGAAAUUCAUCACCUGAAAAGCCGGGAGAUAAGAUGCUCUGUUUGCGGGAAUUAAAGGAUUCCAUUGAAGAAAAAAAGAUUUUGGCAGCUGAUCGACUUUCUGAGCUUCAAGAUGCACGGGAGUACAAUGCAACUUUGGCAAAACAAUUGCAAGAUGUUCAGAGUGAGUUGAAAGAUGAAAAAUAUGUGCUUUCAUCUCGAUUUUUCUCUCUGGUAAAUGAUCAGCUCCAGCAUUUCAAUGCUGAAGUGGAGCGCUACAAUGCAUUAACUGAUUCACUGCAGGCUGACAGGUCCUUUGUCAUAAGAAGAGAGAAGGAACUGAAUGCUAAAUUAGAGUCAGCAGAUGCUGCUAGAAAUGCCAUUGAUACUGAGUCUAGGCUUGGAGAUCUGGAGCUUCAAUUGCAGAAGUGCAUUAGCGAGAAAAAUGAUCUUGAGAUUAAAACGGAAGAAGCUAUUCAAGAUUCAGGGAGAAAAGACAUCAAAUCAGAGUUUCGUGUAAUGGUGUCUGCUUUGUCUAGGGAAAUGGGAAUGAUGGAAGCACAGUUGAGCCGAUGGAAAGAUACAGCUCAUGAAGCACUACUGCUACGUGAAAAAACCCAGUCGCUAAAAGCUUCUAUAACUAUGAAGUCUGAUGAGCGAAAGAGGUUAGCGGACCGAUGUACUAAACAGGAGGAGAAAAUCAAGUCCAUUAAAGAAUUGAUCGAGAAGCUACAGAAGGAAAAACUUGAACUUCAGAUCUUUCUGGAUUUGUAUGGAAAUGAGAGUUACGACAACAGAGAUGUUGCAGAUAUCAGAGAAUCAGAACGCAGAGCUCUAUUACAAGCUGAAGUCCUUAGAAAUGCUUUAGAGGAGCAUAGUCUAGAGCUGAGAGUUAAAGCUGCCAAUGAAGCAGAAGUUGCUUGUCAACAAAGGCUUUCUGCCGCUGAAGCUGAAAUAGCAGAGUUGAGGGCCAAACUGGAUGCAUCUGAGAGGGAUGCUUCUGAGCUCGCUGAAGCGAUUAAGAUAAAAGAUGCAGAGGCAGAGGCAUAUAUCUCUGAGAUUGAGACCAUAGGUCAAGCAUAUGAAGAUAUGCAGACACAGAAUCAGCAUUUAUUACAACAAGUGACCGAAAGGGAUGACUAUAAUAUUAAGCUGGUUUCGGAUAGUGUGAAGACGAAGCAGGCUCAAAACUCUUUACUCUCAGAAAAACAGGCAUUAGUUAAGGAACUUGAACAGGUUAACUCGUCAGUAGAAUCUUUGAAGUUGAAGAUUUCUCAUGGUGAAGAGCAGAUGAAGGUUCUUCUGUCGGAGGCUAUAAAAUCUAGUCAAGAAGAUAGGCACUUUGCAAUUAGCCUGGAAGGUGCAAAGUCAGAGUUAGGUGAUGCUGAGAAGGAGUUGAAGUUGCUUAAAUCUGCAUUUGCUUCGUCUGAGAAGGAAUAUGACCAGAUACAAUGGGACCUGAAUGAGAUUCAGAUGAAACUAGACAAUGAAAGAGAGGAGCGGAAGAAGCUGGAGGAAGAGAUUGUGGAGUGUAACAACAAGGUUGCUGAAUUGACUGCUGAGAGUGGAGAGGCCGCGGUGAAGAGGCUCCAGGACGAAAUAAAGGAUUGCAGGGCAAUGCUUAAGUGCAGUGUGUGUCUCGACCGGCCAAAGGAGGUCGUAAUUGUGAAAUGCUUUCACCUGUUCUGCAAUCAGUGUAUACAAAGAAAUUUAGAAAUUCGCCAUCGAAAAUGUCCUGGAUGUGGUACUGCAUUUGGCCAGAAUGAUGUUCACUUUGUGAAGAUGUGACCAAACCAUCUGAUGAUUGCCAUGGUUAUGCCAAUUCCUUGGACUUGCUGAGACAAAGUAUGUAUGACUGCUUUGUCAGUCCGUAAAGCUCAACCUCAAUCGGAAGCUGGGCCAUUCACCAUGAUGUUAAUAGAUUUUGAGAUUUUGUGUUGAUAGGCACGAAAAGUGCAAACAGAAGACAGGUUGAGGCAGGAAAUGAUUUAUAGCACUUGCCUGGCCCCAAUUGUAAAUUGUUCAAUUUACCCUCAACAUUACAGGUGUCAAAUUGUCGCUCCGCAGCAACUUUAGAAGAAUGCAUCAUCCCCAUGUCAUUGUCCAACUCAAAAGCAGCAUAAACUGUUUCUCAGUUUAACGU